AUGUCCCUACCAGUACAAGCCCUCAUCGACUCCAGGUCAACCGGCAACUUUAUCUCCGAUGCCCUCUGCCGCCAGCUCAACCUCAAGACCACAUCCACGCCCUCAAUUUACCAAAUCCACGCAGUAAACGGAACACCCCUCAGCCACACCCAUGUCCAUAGGGCCGCUGGUCCUGUCACCAUCCGAGUGGGAGUGCUACAUGAGGAGCAACAAUAUCUGCUGGUUCUGGAGGGCUCGACCGCGGAGGUAAUCUUAGGGCGCCCCUGGCUUGAACAACACAACCCCAUCAUUCCGUGGACCACCGGCGAAGUGUUGCAGUGGGGUCGUUUCUGCUACCCAGACUGUUUCCCUCGCCUGCCUUCACCAUCCCACCCGUCCGAAGGAACUUCCGGUCUUGCCCCGUGGAAAAAUCUACCCUCUGUCUAUUUCCGAGCAAAGAGCCAUGGAGGAGUACAUAGAGGAGGCCUUAGCCCAGGGAUACAUCCGACCUUCUACCUCCCCUGCGGCAUUCAGUUUCUUUUUUGUGGCCAAAAAGGAUGGAGACUUGCGGCCUUGUGUGGAUUACCGGUGACUCAACCACAUUACCGUCAAAUUCUGGUAUCCUCUUCCCCUUGUCCUGGCAGCUCUGGAACAGCUUCGCGGGGCCACUGUCUUUACCUCCGCAGCGCGUAUAACCUCAUCCGGAUACGCGAGGGGGACGAGUGGAAGACCGCCUUGGUGACACCCACUGGCCACUACGAAUACCUAGUCAUGCUAUAUGGCUUGGCCAACGCCCCCUCCAUAUUCCAGGACUUCAUCCACGAGGUGCUCCGGGAGUUUCUCCACAAGUCGGUCCUAGUCUACAUCAAUGACAUCUUGAUCUACUCCCGGAGUCUGGCCAAACAUCGCCACCACGUUGCGGAGGUCCUGGAAUGCCUGAGGGAAUUCCAACUCUUCCUCAAAACAGAGAAGUGCACGUUUCAUCAAACCUCAGUGCAGUUCCUAGGCUAUAACUUCAGUAGCAGUGGCAUCCAGAUGGAGGAAAGUUGGGGGAAAGUCAAAGCCAUUCGGACCUGGCCAACACCUACCACCAUUAAAGAACUACAGAGAUUCCUGGGUUUUGCCAACUUUUACUGUCGCUUCAUACAGGGUUACAGUAUCAUAGUCCAACCUCUGACCGAUCUCCUCCACAACAAGCCCAAGUCUCUGUCCUGGCUACCCGGGAAGCCAAACGAUUGAACACCCGUCAAGCUCGUUGGGCCCUCUUCUUCACUCAUUUCAACUUUAACAUCUCCUAUCACCCCGGCUCCCGUAACGGGAAAGCAGAUGCCCUAUACCGGUUAUAUGCCCCAGACAAACUCACUGAAGAACCCGAAACCAUUCUUCCCAAACAGAUCAUCGUGAACCCCAUCCAGUGGUCCGAGACUUCCAUGCCUUCCUCCUAUGCCUCUGCCUGGCUGCCCCCCAAAUCUACAGUAUAUCCCUAGAACUCAAUGCAUCACCCUGGUCCAUUCUUCCCACACAUCUCUGGGCAGUGGUCACCCAGGGGCCAAUGAAAUCCUCUCUCUGGUAUGAGAACGCUUCUGGCCAAAUAUGGCCAGGGAUGUGAGAAUUGCAAAAAGCCCACGCCAUCUUCCAUCCAGUAAACUCUGUCCACUGCCCACUCCCAACUGACCAUGGUCACACCUAGGAGUAGACUUCAUCACCGACCUACCCGCCUCCGACAACAAGGGAGGGGAGGGGUAUGGUCCCGAGGAAAGAUCAUGGGUCUCCAGACACGACAUCCUCGACCCCUCUCUACUUGACGCCUUCCACACGAACCAUCCAAACCGACCUGCCCCUCGUGGAAGAGGAUGGCCACCACAACGUCGGGGUCCUCGGCCCUCAGGUGCGGGCCAUGGAGGGGGGGGAUACUGUCACGGACACGCCAGGCUCCACAAUCACACAAACACAACGCACUCCCUCACCAAAAUUCUAAUUACACACCUGUUUUAUAUCACACACCUGACCUUCAUCUGCACCACAUCAACUCUUUGGAGGAGAUCCACACAUCUGUCGGAUGCCAUGACUGCUAGGUGUCCUUUGCUGCUCAGAAAAAAGGUGUAGAAAUGCACAUGUGACCAUUACUUAUAUAUACACACUGAUAAAUCCGCUCCCCAGGAGGGGCAUAAGCAAGCCCUACAGACAUACACAAACAUAUUCUAGGGUUAGGGAGUGCACAUAGGCGUGGAGCUCGUAUGCUACUGGUGUGGCCUCAGGGGAACAACAUUCUGCCUUCUGAUGAUAACCAUCGUGGUUGUUGUCCCCAUCAUAUGGUUUUUUGAAUCCCCAAAAGGUGACAAUGCUGUCACUGCCUGAGCUCUUUCUCUGAUACCGUGGAAUACGUUUUCUGUAUUAUUCAUUUAAGUCAAGCAUGAAAUGCUGAAAGGGGGGUAGUGUGGUGGAAAAAUACAGAAAGCAGACUGACACGGUCACAACAUACUGACAUUGUACAAAGGUACAUGACUUAUGUGUUAGACUUCCAUGAGGGUGAUUAUUCUGACAGUAAUAAAGCAAAAAACAGAUGUUUCUUAAGUUUUAAAACAUGUCCUAACACGUUAGUGAGUGAUAGUGACAUAUCCAACUGUAAUUAAUAUUAUAAAGAGUACGGUCUAGACCUGCUAUAGGAAAAGUGCAAUGAGAUAACUUCUGUUAUGAAUUGGCGCUAUUUAAAUAAAAUUGAAUUGAAUUAUUUGAAAGAUCUUGCUUGCAAUUCAUGUAUUUAAACAUAAACAAGCAUGGUUGAAAAACAUUUACCUUAUAUAGCAGUGAAUAUUUUCUUAAAAAGAGGUGCAGACGGAUCUUAUCUGAUAGAAUUCUUUUGAAUCACAAGUAAUUUGGCAAGAUAUGAUGGAUAUGCAGCAGCCAAAACAAUAUUGCAGUAGCCUAGUUGAUAUAGGGAAAAUUAGACUAUAAUAAAGAGUUAAAUGAGAAUGCACUGGACCAAAGAACAAACUCAAUACACAUCAAGCAUCUUCAUGGACCUUUUGCAUACGUGCUCAAUAUGGCUUUUCCAAUUUAAUCUUUCAUCUACAAUAAAUCCUAAGAAUUUGUAUAUGGCACUUGAAGAAGUCCUGUUUCAUUUAUAUAUAUUUUAGAUUCAUUUUUGGAGCAGGAUUUGUUUUUGUUACAAAAGAUCAUGAAGCUACAUUUAAUAAUAUUGAGAGUCAACUUGUUCAUCUGAAACCAUUUAUAUAAAAUAAAUUAAAUUAAAAUGAGUAUUUUCUACAAAAUCCAGUAUAGGAGGUAGAUGUCACAUUUAAUUAGACAUGAACUUGUUUUUGGGUGCUGUCUGUGUUUUCGUCUAAGAACUUUGACCCUUUCACAGUGUGUUUUCAGUUCAUGAAAGUUAAUUUAACAUUUUGGUCACCUAAAAAUGUCUUCUUUGGUGUUCGGUUGUACUAAAAGACACUCUAAGGAGUCAGCUGUUCAUUUUUUUCUGGUAAAGAAAGCCAGAAAGCCAAACUGCCUAUGAUGAAAAGGUGGUGCAGGACAGUUCAUGACGUUAGAUAAUAAACAGGAAAAACCGGGGAAUAGGCUGUGCUUGUCUGCUAUCCUCUGCAGUUGUCCACUAUUUUCAGGCAGGACAAAAGUAACGAGUAACAAGCCCAUUUAAAUAUAAACAAUAUCUAUACACACAAAACACACAAGCAAAAAUAGACAGUAGUAAAAGAAAAGAAAAGAAAGUAAAAAAGAGACGUAGAAGUAGAUAUGUACAACAACAGAAGCAUCUUACCAUAAGGGUCAAGAUGAAAUAAGACAUUUUUUUUACUGUGUCCUAAAAGAUGGCAAGGAAGGUAAUGGUUUCAGCGUCAUAUUCAAUGAAUUCCAUAAAUGUGGACUUCUAAAUUUGAUAAAAUUGAUGUCUUGAUGUAUCACAAUAAGGUAAAUGGAAAUUAUUUUUCACCUAGUUGAAUAUGAGUGAAUGUCAGAUGAUAAAUGUCGAUGAUGCCACUUUCUACUUCACUACAUCUCAGAGGGAAAUAUUGUACUUAUUACUUUACUACAUUUAUCUGAUAGCUGUAGUUACUAGUUACUUUACAAAUUAAGAUUUUUACACACAAAACAUAUGAAGAGUUUAUAAAAUAUUGGGUAGUUUAAUUUUGUUAUAAAUUAAUUAAUGCAGCAGCCAAAACAAUAUUGCAGUAGCCUAGUUGAUAUAGGGAAAAUUAGACUAUAAUAAAGAGUUAAAUGAGAAUACACUGUAUGUUAAUUUUGUUUAAUUUUGUUAUAAAUUAAACUACCCAACAGUUUCUACAAGUAGAGCUGAAACAAUUAGUCGAUUAAUGAAUUAGUUGAUUGACAUUAAAUGAAUUAUAAACUAUUUUGAUAAUUGUUUAACUCAUGUGCUUCCCUGCCUCCAAAAGUUACACUGCGUUAGAGGACAAAAAUGUCCAUGUCAAAUAAUAAAAAUAUUGCUAAAUAUUAUUAUUAUUUUCCACUUUGAGUUAGUUAAUUUUUUAACCAACAUCGAUCCUGAUCAUAACUACCAAAUAUUCAUUCAUUUUCAGGAUUUUAACCCUUUAAAUGCCAGGUUGUUUACAUAAUGCUUUUUAAUGAAAAAAAAACAAAAAAAAGAAUAAUUUUCUAUAUACUAAAUACAAACUGGAUUUUUUUCUGUGUGUGUACACAAAUAUAUCAUUCAUUCUUUAUAAAUAAAUGCAAGAUAUGCUGAAUAAUAAAAGCAAUAAAUAUAUCUCAGACAAGCACACACAUUCAGUAAGAAUAAGUUAGUGUAUGAGUAACUGAACUAUAAUGGUACAUACUGUUCUCCUCUCCUCUGUGUCUUGUUGUCUUUGUUUUCUUUUCCCUCCACUUGUGAUUGUUUGCCUUGACUUAAUGAGUUGCACCUGUGUCUCAUUGUCUCCCCUACCUAGUGUAUAUAGUCUGAGUUUUUCCUUUGUUCAGUGUCAGUUCGUCAGUUGUACAUUGUAUCCAUGUCGAGUGUCUUGAUCUUCGUUGCCUGUGUUCCCGCCUAUGUGUUUGGAUUACUUCUCUGUUUCGUUUGGAGAUUGCCUUUAUUAUUGCACUCUUUUGUUUACUCCAAUCGGACUGGUUUGCCUUUGUUGGACUGUGUUCCCGUUUUUUUGACUACUGCCUGCCUCUCCUUACUGUAAGCCUUUUGUCUCUGUUAAAUGGUUUAAACUGCACCUGUUCUGCUUGUACGUCUGCAUUUGGGUCCUACUCCUGCCUUCCUGGUUCUCCAAGUUUACAUUAAAUACAACAGUCAUGGAAGUAUUAAUAAAGCAUUUCAUUAAUUAAUAACUAAUUGUAUGAUAAAAAUAGGCAUUAAUGUCUAUAAAUUAAUGUAUUAAUCUAUGAAUAAAUUACAAAGUAAUUCCUUAUUUGAUAUUUUAAUGGGCAAUAAGGGGAAUUAUAAAUUGAAUUUACAAAUGAAAUAUUAAUCCAACAAUAAAUAGUUCAAAUUAAAAGGGAUUUAUAACAACAUUAAAACAGUCAAUAAGUACAUCAUUUUAAGAUACAUAAUUGAAUUCACAAAUAAAUAAUAGAAUUUCAAAAUCUUUAAAAAUGCAGUUUAAAAAGAGAAAUAACUGGAAUCAAAUUGAAUUAAGAAUACAGAUUUUAAUAAGGCCCUUAAAAGGGCCAUUUCCUUACCCAUUUGCAUUUCCAUUUCCCCGCUGCUUUUCCUUAUUAAAUUUUUAUUUAUAUAGCGCCAAUUCAUAACAGAAGUUAUCUCAUUGCACUUUUCCUAUAGAGCAGGCCUAGACCGUACUCUUUAUAAUAUUAAUUACAGAGACCCAACAAAUCCCACCAUGAGCAAGCUUAUCCUCUUUGAUAUGCUUAGUUCAAUUCAGUUCAAUUUUAUUUAUUUAGCACCAAUUCCUAACAGAAGUUAUGUCAUUGCACCUUUCCUAUAGAGCAGGUCUAGACUGCAUUCUUAAUA